GAGAGGGUGAAGCGAAGCAACAGGAACAAAGUUGCGGGACCUUGAGUUCACAGCCCCGCGGUGUUGAGCCGUGAGACGUGAGAACCAUCGCUCGGUUUCCAGGAGGUACACGGACCCCCCUCCCCCCCCCUCCAGCUGCGGUGGUCAGUGCGGUUCAGCUGUGCGUGGCACAGACUCGUCUCUUUCCAAAGCAGUUUUUUUGGGGGGGCACAUUGUUGGAGAGUGGAUGCGCUCGAGGCUUCAGCUCGACUGUGUGCGCUCAGCUAGUCGCUCAUUAAAGAACACGAGUGGGUGGUAGCUCGUGGAAAAAAAUGCCGUAAACCAGCCGGAUUGAUGCACUUUGUUGUGUGGAAACUUUUGGCUUCACGCGUUCUGGACUUUGUUGUGAGGUGAGCACGUCUCCUGACUCCUCGGUGACAGCGGAGGUACAGACAGAGGGCUGGUGCACUGCGUGACAAGAGGUCGGACUCCGUAACACAAGUAAUUUUGCUUUGGAUUAAUUGGCAACCAUGGCAACGCACGGAGAUGCUGCAGAGGGAGGAACCAAUGAAGAGUUCAACGACAUCAUCAAAUGGAGAUCUGACGAGCACGAUGCAGUACAGAAGAAAACGUUCACCAAAUGGAUAAAUGCACAGUUGUCCAAGACGGGGAAGACGCCCAUCAAAGACAUGUUCUCCGACCUGAGGGACGGUAAGAAGCUGCUGGACCUGCUGGAGGGUCUCACUGGAACUGUCCUGACCAAAGAGCGAGGCUCCACCAGAGUGCACUCUCUCAACAACGUCAACAAAGUACUUCAAGUCCUGCAUCAAAAUAAUGUGGAUCUGGUGAACAUAGGAGGGACGGAUAUUGUUGAUGGGAACCACAAGCUGACCUUAGGCCUCAUCUGGAGCAUUAUCCUUCACUGGCAGGUAAAAGACAUCAUGAAGGACAUCAUGUCCAACCUGCAGCAGACCAACAGUGAGAAGAUCCUGCUGAGUUGGGUACGCCAGUGCACCCGCUCAUACCCAGAAGUCAACGUGUUGAACUUCACCACCAGCUGGGCUGACGGCUUGGCUCUCAACGGCAUCCUUCACCACUUCAGGCCGAACGCCAUCAGUUGGGAUCAGGUGGUCAAGAUGAGCCCUGUGGAAAGACUGGACCAUGCCUUCACUGUAGCCAAAGACCAGCUGGCUAUUGAGCGGCUGCUGGAUCCUGAAGACGUGGCGGUGCAGCUUCCAGAUAAGAAGUCCAUCAUCAUGUACGUGACGUCUCUGUUCGCGGUGCUGCCCAAAGAUGUGAGCAUGGAGGCGAUCAGGGAAGUGGAGACGCUGCCACGCAGAUUCAAAGCGGAGAACGCUGGUCCGGGCCUCAGCGCUCAGAGUGCAAAGAGGCAGGAAGCGGGCAGCAGCCCCCGGCCCGAGACCCCCUGCACGCUGACGGAGACAGAGGGUGAGAUGGAGGGCAGCCUGCCGGAGGUGGACCUGGACGGCUACCAGACCACGCUGGAAGAAGUUCUGACCUGGCUGCUGUCGGCCGAGGACGCCCUGCAGAUCCAGGACGAGGUGUCGGACGACGUGGAAGAUGUCAAGGAGCAGUUUCACACACACGAGGCCUUCAUGAUGGAGCUGACGGCACACCAGAGCAGUGUGGGUAAUGUGCUCCAAGCUGGUAACCAACUGAUCGCCCAGGGCAAUCUGAGUGAGGAGGAGGAGGAUGAAAUCCGGGAGCAGAUGAGCCUCCUCAACUCCCGCUGGGAGAGUCUCCGAGUGGCCAGCAUGGACCGGCAGGCCAGGCUCCAUGAAGUCCUGAUGGAUCUUCAGCAGCAGCAGUUACAGCAGCUUUCUGAUUGGCUCACGCAGACUGAAGAGCGAAUCAGGAAGAUCGAGACAGAGGCGGCACCUAAAGAUGUGGAGCUCUACAAAGAACAGAUUGAGCUGCACAAAGAGCUUCAGAACGACCUGGAGGCCGAGCAGGUGAAGGUCAACUCCCUGACACACAUGGUGGUCGUGGUGGAUGAGAACAGUGGUGAGAGCGCCACUGCUGCCCUGGAGGAGCAACUACAAUCACUGGGUGAGCGCUGGGCAGCUGUGUGUCGCUGGACGGAGGAGAGGUGGCACAAGCUGCAGGACGUCUUCAUGGUGUGGCAGCAGCUUCUGUCAGACCAGAGUUUGUUUCGAGAUUGGUUGGCAGAAAAAGAGGAGGCACUGAGUGAAGUACAGACAAGCAACUUUAAGGACCCGAGUGAAAUGAAUAGUAAUGUGCGGCGAUUAGCAAUUUUGAAGGAAGACAUGGAAAAGAAGAGGAGAACCCUGGACCAGCUCUCUGAUGCAGGACAGGACGUGAUAUCGCUACUGCGGAGUCCUGAGGCAGGAGCCAAGAUCGAGGCGGACACAGAGGAUCUGGCUCAUAGAUGGGACAACCUGGUGCAGAAGCUGGAGGAUUGUUCCUUCCAGGUGAUGGAAGCUGUGACGGACGCUGGGAUGACUCAGGUGGAAGAAGGAGAAGUCGUCAUGGACACGACUGUUGUGGCUGCAGCUGCUUCCAGCGCUGACCAGGAGUUGGCGCCACCCGCUCCCCCGAAGAAACGCCUGGUGGAGACAGAUGCAGAAGUCCGACGAAAGUUUGAAAAUAAGCUUUCUGACCUCCUCAGCUGGAUUAAAACGUAUAAGACGUCUCUUCAGUCUCUGGCCUCCACGCACCCUGAGACUACACCUCAUACACCAGACCUACAGGACAAACUGAAGGGCUUGGAGUCGGACCUCACAGGAAAGGAAGCCACAGUUAGUCAAGUGAUCCAGGAGGGACGGGGCUUGAUGGACCAGUUGGAGAGAGAGGGUGUGUGUGUGGACUCGGUGAGAGCAGAUAUGGGCCUGCUCCAAACUGAGUGGGACGUCUGUGCGAGGGAGCUGGGGGCAGCUUGUGAGCGAGUUCACACUCAGACCCGGGUCAGCACUUUGUCUUCAGAGCUCACAGACCUGGACCGGGUCUUGGAGGAGCAGGACCAGUGGCUGGACUCAACCUCGGCCGUAGAAAAGUGCGACGAGGCCGAGCGGAGAAACCUGAGUGCAGAAUGUCAGUCCCGACUCGUCCAGGUCAGCGCACUGAGGCCUCGACUGGAGCAGCUUUCUGCAGAGGCAGGAUCCCUGGGCGCCGGGCCCUCUCUGAAAGACAGCAUGGUGGUGGUAUCUGCUCAUCACGCCUCUACGCUGCAGCGGCUACAGAGCAGAGAAGAAGAACUCAGCAAAGCCUUGGCCCCUCCGCAGGCUGAAGAGAUGGCACCGUGUCCGGUGGAGGCUCUGGAGGCCAGACUGGCCACUCUGAGAGAAGGAAUAUCAGACAUCCCCACCACUGAGGCGGCAGUGGAGCGGGCACAGGCCCUGUGUAUAGAGAUUGAGCAAACACAACAAGCCUCGGAUCCGGCAGAACUACAAAGGUGGAGUCAACUUUCCUCCAAGGCCCGUGAGGAGCUGGGGACUCUGCAGUGCAUCCUGGGUAGCAUGAAGGACAACCAGGUGUGUGUGGUGCAAGUUGAGCGUUGGUUGGAUGCGGUUGAGGAGCUGUUGUCUCGUGAUGCCGCCGGGUCGAGCCACACAGACAGAAUACGUGAAGAGCUUAGCCAGUGCAAGGAGUAUGUGAGUGAGAUGGAGUCAGUGGAAGGUUCGUUGAAGCAGAUGGGAGAGAAUGUGAGUGCCGUGCAGGCCACUGCAGACCCGGGACUGGCCACGUGGGGGCAGGAGAAGUUGGAUGAGUCCCGGGGCAGGUGGGACACGCUCAGCAAAAAGCUGCUGAGCCACCAGGAGCGUGCGGCAGAGCGUCAGGAGAAGCAGGUGAAUCUGAGGAAGGACUUGGCGGAGAUGCAGGAGUGGAUGACCCAAGUAGACGAGGAGUUUCUCAUGAGGGACUUUGAGUACAAGAGUCCGGAGGAGCUGGAGGCAUCGCUGGAGGAGAUGAAGAGAGCUAAAGAGGAUGUGCUGCAGAAGGAGGUGAAGGUUAAGAUCCUUAAAGACAGCAUCAACAUGUUGGUGUCCAGAACAUCGCCCCCUGGAGGAGGCAGCGGACAGGAGCUGACAACAGAGCUGGAGGGGGUACUGGCCAACUACCACAAGCUAUGCGACCGCCUCAAGAGCAAGUGCCACACUCUGGAGGAGGUGUGGUCCUGUUGGAUGGAGCUGCUUCAGUACCUGGACAUGGAGCAGAAUUGGCUCAGCACUGUGGAGGAGAAGGUUCAAGCCACCGACAACCUUCCGGAGAGUACUGAGGCCGUCAGUGAGGCUCUGGAGUCGUUGGAGAGCGUGCUUCGCCACCCCGGGGACAACCGCACGCAAAUCAGAGAGCUGGGUCAGACGCUGAUUGACGGCGGCAUUUUGGACGAGCUCAUUAGCGAAAAGCUAGAGACCUUCAAUUCUCGUUACGACCAACUCAACAACCAGGCGGUGAACCGGCAGAUCGGCCUCGAGCAGCAGCUGCAGACACUGAAGGAGAACGAACAGGCGCUGCAAUCCCUGCAGGAGUCUCUGAGCCAGCUGGACCACACACUCACCUCCUACCUCACCGACCGCAUAGACGCCUUCCAGCUCCCGCAGGAGGCGCAGACCAUCGGGGCGGAGAUCGCAGCCCACGAGGUAACAGUAGAGGAGAUGAGAAGGAGGAACGUGUCCAACCUGCCUCCCCCCAGCACUGAUGGCAAGGCUGCCCGUGGUGGGACCAUGCUGGAUCAUCUUCAGAGGAAGCUGAGGGAGAUCUCCACCAAGUACCAGCUGUUCCAGAAGCCUGCUAACUUUGAACAGCGCAUGCUGGACUGCAGGAGGGUCCUGGAGGGGGCCAAGGCUGAGCUGCACAUCCUUGAUGUCAAGGAAGUGGAGCCAGAAAAGAUCCAGUCCCACCUCAGUGGUUGCAUGAAAUUAUACAAACUGCUGAGUGAAGUGAAGCUGGAGGUGGAGACGGUGAUAAAAACCGGUCGCCAGAUUGUGCAGAAGCAGCAGACUGAGAACCCCAAGGCCAUGGACGAACAGCUCACUGCUCUCAAACUGCUCUACAAUGACCUGGGGGCUCAGGUGACGGAGGGGAAGCAGGACCUGGAGAAGGCUUUGUCUCUGUCGCAGAAGUUCCAGAAUGAGAGCGCCGCCCUGCAGGAGUGGCUGAGCACACACGAGGCUCAGCUCCAGCAGAAGAACAGCUGUGGAGACAUGCCUGCCGACAUCGAUGCUGAGAUUGCAUGGGCUAAUGGCCUUCUGAAGGAGUCCGAGCGGCGUAAGGCAGAGCUGUCCAGUCUGACGGAGACCAGUGCCGGGCUGCAGACUCUGGUAGAGGGCAGCGAGGCGCAGCUCGAGGACAAGCUCUUUGCCCUCAAUGAAUCCUGGGGCCACGUACGCACCUGGACGGAGGACUGGCUCAGCACUGUGCUGAGUCAUCAGAACGAGGUGGAAAUCUUUGACGAGAACGUGGCUCACAUCAGCACGUGGCUCUAUCAGACCCAGAUCCACCUGGACGAGGCCGAGCGGCUCGCACCGAAGGAGAGGGAGAUAGUGGUGCAGAGCACGCUGGAGGAGCUGGAGGACGUCAGUCUGCGUGUGGACAACGUGAGGGAGCAGGCGAUCAUCCUGAUGACCAGCAGGGGGCCCGCCUGUCGCGACGUGGUGGAGCCGAAACUUGCGGAGCUCAACUGCAACUUUGACAAAGUCUCUCAGCACAUCAAAACAGCCAAGAUGAUGACCAGCUUGGAGUCGGGAGGUGUGGAGAUUACCCAGCAGGCACCUCAGCAGGUCCGUCACAACCAGGAGGUCCGAGCAGAGAGUCAGAGUCGGGCUCAUCCUGCUGAGCCUCAGGUCUCCACUGAGGUGAAGGACCUUCAGGUGGAGCUUCAGGACACCCUGAGGGCUUUGCAGCAGCAGGGACAACAACAACAACAACAGGACCCAGUAAACAUCCUGGAUGAUGACAAGAUGGAUGAGGAGAAAGCCGGCGUGGAGGAGCUGCUGAGGAGAGGAGAGGAGCUGCUGCAGCAAACUUCAGACGAGAGCCAGAGGGAGGAGCUGAGACUCCUGCUGUUCGGGCUUCAGAGCCAAUACACUGCUCACAGGGAGCUGACGGUGCUGCGGAUCAGGCAGGUGGAAGACUCUGUGGACUCGUCGACUUCUCACACCUUCACAGAGCAAACGAAAGAGGUUUCAGCAGAGGAGAUGUCUGCACCGGAGCGUAGCACCGCCUCCUUGCUGAGUCCCUCCGACUACCUGCUGGACAUCAACAAGUUGCUGCUCACCAUGGCAGACAACGAGUUGCUUCUGAAUUCGUCUGAGCUCAGCGGGGGGCGCUAUGAAGACUUCUCCAGCCAGGAGGACAUGCUGAAGAACAUCAAAGUGAAUCUGGAUCAUCUGGGCGAGCAGGUUACAGGAAUCCACGAGCGCCAGCCUGAUGUCAUGCGGGACGCUUCGCCUGCUCAGGUCUCUCAGAUCGGAGACGCGCUCACGCAGCUCAACGCAGAGUGGGACCGCCUCAACCGCAUGUACAACCAUCGCAAGGGGAGUUUUGACUGUGCCAUAGAGGAGUGGGGGCAGUUCCACUGUGACAUGAACGACCUGAGUCAGUGGCUGACUGACACUGAGGCGCUGCUGUCUGAGAGCGUCGGCCCUGACGGACAGCUCGACCUGAACUCUGCACGGAAACACCAAGAGGAGCUGGAAGAAGGCGUGGUUAGUCACCAACCCGUCCUGGCUGUACUAACUCGCACCGGGGAGCAGAUUAUCGGGCAGCUGUCAUCUCUUGAUGGACCACUGCUCGAAGAGAAGCUGGACGGUCUCUGUCAGCGUUGGAGAGCCGUCAACCGCCAGGUCCUGGACAGACAGCGCCGGCUCACUGGCGAGGACCCGGCCCUGUCAGACCUGGUGAGAAGACACAAUGAGCUGGCUGUGUGGCUGGAGCGGGCGGAGAACGCCGUCAGCUCCCUGCCUGUCACAGCUACUGACGAGAGCUUCAAAGAACUCAAGGCCCUCGCUGAGGAAAUGGAUGCACACAAUGAGCGUCUGGGUUGGUUGAACAAGCACGCGCCUCAGAUCCUGGCCAGUCCAAGUGUGAGUCCCCAGAGCAGCGACCAGCAUGUCAACAAACUGAGAGCCAUCAACCUCAACUGGAGCAAAGUGACACAUGAGUUGUUGGACAAAGUGGGGGAGGUGGAGGCCAACCUGCAAAGCCACACACAGUUCCAGGACAGGAUGGACCGACUCACUGACUGGGUUGUCGUCACACACCAGACUAUCAUAACCAGAGGCCUAAACCCUGGGCAAGCACAGGCUCUGGAGGCCUCCAUGAAGGACAGGAAGAAGGACCUGGAGGAACUGUUGGCUCAUUCUAUUGAGCUACAACGACGACAGCAGCUGCUGCCUCAUGAAAAGACUAAGGUAGAGGAGCUAGCAGCUGAUUGGAAAGCCCUGGAUGGUCGAAUAAGGGAAUCUCUUCAGCCGCCCAUCUCUCCAUGGACACAACACCAACAUGUCGUUCAGCACCAGCAGCUUGUGUCUUCGGUCCCCUCGGCCGUGCAGAUGGCCAGUCUGAUGAGCGAGGACCCCCAUCACCAAACCCCGCACACGCCGGAAACCGUGGCGCCCACCGACCUCAACGAGACGGCCACCGAACUAGCCGACUGGCUGCUCCUCAUCACGCAGAUGCUCAAGUCUAACAUUGUCACUGUGGGAGACACGGAGGAGAUCAGGACCACUAUGGAACGUCUGCAGGUGACGAAGAGUGACCUGGAGCAGCGUCACCCGCAGCUCGAGGACAUCUUCACCCUGGCACAGAACAUCAAAAACAAGACUUCCAACCUGGACGUUCGCACAUCCAUAACUGAGAAAUUGGAGAAGGUACGCAGCCAGUGGGACAACACUCAGCACGGUGUUGAGGCUCGACUCCAGCAGCUGGACAACAUGACUGCCCACAGUAUCCAGUGGGAGGAGCAGAGGAAGGAGGUGAAGGGAUUCAUUGGGCACCAUGAGGGACGUUUCCACAACCUCCUCCAGCCGUCCAGAGACCCCCUGACUAAACAGCUCGCUGAAAACAAGGCGCUUCUCCAGGACCUGGGACGGGGCCAGGGCACGGUAGCAGCCUUCAACGAGUUGUCCGGUCAUCUUCUGCGGGAGUAUUCCACCGACGACACCAGGCGAAUCAAAGAGGUCACAGAGAAACACAACGCUGCCUGGAACAACCUCAACAACAGGGCCAGUGACCGUUACGCUCAGCUGGACAGUGAACUGAAGGGUCUGCAGAUGUCGCUCAGGGAACUGGAGUCCUUCCUCAAGUGGCUCCAGGAGGCGGAGACUACCGUUAACGUCCUGGCCGACGCCUCACAGAGGGAAGACCUGUCGCAGGACUCCGCCCACGGGAAGGAGCUGAAGCGACAACUGGAGGACAUUCAGGCUGAGAUCGAUGCCCACAAUGACAUCUACAAGAGCGUGGACGGGAACAAGUCAAAGAUGGUCAAGGCUCUGGGCAGCUCGGAGGAAGCUGUGUUCCUCCAACACAGGCUGGAUGACAUGAAUCAACGCUGGAGCGACCUGAAGGCCAAAUCAGCCAACAUUAGAGCGCAUCUGGAGGCGAGUGCCGAGCGCUGGUCUCGUCUGCUGGGCCUCCUGGAGGAGCUGUGGAGGUGGAUCUGCACGAAGGACGAGGAGCUGGCCAAGCAGAUGCCCAUCGGAGGAGACGUGCCCAUCUUACUGCAACAGCAGAACCACUGCACGGUGAUCCGGGCAGAGCUAAAGGAGCGUGAGCACUUGGUAAACAGUACUUUGGACCAGGCCAGGAUGUUUCUUGCUGACCAGCCGAUUGAGGGUCCUGGAGAGCCACGCAAGAACCUGCAGCCAAAGACGGACCUCACCCCAGAGGAGAAGGCCCGGGGGUUGGCUCGGGCCAUCCGCAAGCAGACAGGCGAGGUGAGGGAGCGGUGGGAGCGUCUCAAAGGACACGUGGGUGGCUGGCACAGUCAAGUGGAGCGAGCGUUGGAGCGACUCCAGGAGCUGCAGAGCUCCAUGGACCAGCUCGACCUGCGGCUGACUCAGGCGGAGGAGGCCAAAGCUACCUGGCAGCCUGUGGGGGAUCUGCUGAUCGACUCACUGCAGGACCACAUCGACAAGACCAUGGCCUUCAGAGAGGAGGUGGCCCCCUUAUGUCAGGACGUCAGACUGGUCAAUGAGCUCUCUGCAGAGCUGACCCCACUGGACAUCCAGCUGUCCUCCACCGCCUCCAGACAACUGGACCAGCUCAACAUGAGAUGGAAACUGCUGCAGGUGGCGGUUGAGGAUAGGCUGAAGCAACUUCAGGAAGCCCACCGAGACUUUGGCCCCUCCUCCCAACAUUUCCUCUCCACUUCCGUACAGCUCCCCUGGCAACGAGCGGUUUCCCAGAAUAAGGUUCCAUAUUACAUCAAUCACCAGACGCAGACCACCUGCUGGGACCAUCCAAAGAUGACAGAACUCUACCAGUCACUAGCGGACUUGAACAAUGUGAGAUUCUCAGCAUACCGAACAGCCAUGAAGAUCCGCCGACUACAGAAAGCACUGUGUUUGGACCUGUUGGACCUCAGCGUGGCACAGAACACCUUCGAGCAGCACAAACUCACCAACAACAAUCAGCUGCUCUCCGUUCCCGACGUAAUCAACUGCCUGACGUCCAUCUACGACGGCCUGGAGCAGGAGCACAAGGACCUGGUCAAUGUGCCUCUGUGCGUCGACAUGUGUCUCAACUGGCUGCUCAACGUUUACGAUACUGGUCGCAGUGGGAAGAUCCGCGUCCUGUCCAUGAAGAUCGGCGUGCUCUCCCUCUCUAAGGGCCACCUGGAGGAGAAAUACAAAUACCUUUUCAGCCAGGUGGCGUCGGCAGGUGACACGUGUGACCAGCGGCAGCUCGGACUUCUCCUUCACGAAGCCAUCCAGAUCCCGAGGCAGCUGGGGGAGGUGGCCGCCUUCGGAGGCUCUAACAUCGAGCCCAGCGUCCGCAGCUGCUUCCAGCACGUGACCAAUAAGGUGGAGCUGGAGCCCAGACAGUUUGUUGAUUGGAUGCGUCUGGAGCCUCAGUCCAUGGUUUGGCUACCUGUGCUGCACAGAGUCGCCGCUGCAGAGACGGCGAAACAUCAGGCCAAGUGUAACAUCUGCAAAGAGUGUCCUAUUGUUGGCUUCAGGUAUCGCAGUCUGAAGCAUUUCAACUACGACGUUUGUCAGAGUUGCUUCUUUUCCGGGCGCACCGCCAAGGGCCACAAGCUCAACUACCCCAUGGUGGAGUACUGCACACCGACGACAUCAGGUGAGGACAUGCGCGAUUUCACCAAAGUGCUGAAGAACAAAUUCCGAUCGAAGAAGUACUUUGCCAAACAUCCUCGGCUCGGUUACCUGCCAGUCCAGACGGUUCUGGAAGGAGACAACAUGGAAACUCCCGUCACCCUCAUCAGCAUGUGUCCGGAGCAGUAUGAGCUGUCCCCGUCACCUCAGUUCUCUCAUGAUGACACCCAUUCCAGGAUAGAGCAGUAUGCCAGCAGGUUGGCCCAGAUGGAGCGCUCCAAUGGCUCACUGCCCACAGACAGCAGCUCAGCCACAGGAAGCAUGGACGACGAGCAUGCCCUGAUCCUGCAGUACUGUCAGACGCUGGGAGGGGAGGGCUCCCCCUGCAGUCAGCCCCAGAGCCCUGCGCAGAUCCUCCAGGCCGUGGAGAGGGAGGAGCGGGGUGAGCUGGAGCGGAUCAUCGCUCGGCUGGAGGAGGAGCAGAGGACCCUGCAGAGGGAGUACGAGCAGCUGAAGGAGCAGCAUGGCCAGCGUGGGGCCCCCGCCGGGAGCCCCUGGGAGUCGGAUGGCUCCUCUGCCCAUCCCGACGAGGCCGAUCUGCUCGCAGAGGCCAAGCUACUACGACAACACAAGGGCCGUCUGGAGGCCCGCAUGCACAUCCUGGAGGAACACAACAAGCAGCUGGAGUCUCAGCUCCACCGCCUCCGACAGCUACUGCACCAGCCGGAGGUGGACGCAAGGGUAAACGGAGUGUCCUCUCCCACUGGACAAGACAGAGGGCCCCUGACUGAGAACUCAGAUGAGCUGCUGGAGUCCCACAACAGCAGCUCUGACCUGGCAGAUGUAAUGGAGCAGAUUAACAACUCCUUCCCUGCAUGCAGUCCCUCAAGUCUCCCCUCAAGACCACAGGUGAUGUGAGGACCACACAGGAUGUCGUGCGUUUGUGAAUGCGCACGAGUGUGUGCGUGAGAGUGUGCGUGAGAGUGUGCGUGAGAGUGUGCGUGAGAGUGUG